UCCAGUCCGGUGAGCACGGCGCCGAGGAAGAGAGAGAGAGACAGAUUCAGCGAGAAUGGCGAUCAGGAAGCUUCUGCUUUUAUUGAAACCUAUUGAUCCGUACCCAUUCCUUCAAACUGAAGGUGCAUCGCUCAUCAAAAACCCUCAGGUUCUUAAAUAUCUAGAAAGCAGGAGCAAAGUACACAGGAAUGCUAUAAAGUUUUGUCAGGAAAUACUAAGUAAGAAGCCAGUCGAAUGGAAACCCAUUUCACGUAAUGACUUAUUGCAUCCCAUUCGUGAUGUCGAUAUGGUCAUCACCGUGGGUGGAGAUGGUACCCUUCUGCACGCCAGUCAUUUCAUUGAUGAUUCUGUUCCAGUCCUAGGAGUCAAUUCUGAUCCAACACAAGCACAGGAGGUAGAAGAACUGAGCGAUCAGUUUGACGCUAGUAGAAGCACUGGUCAUCUUUGUGCUGCAACAGUUGAGAAUUUUGAACAGGUGCUGGAUGACAUUUUGUUUGGCAGAGUGAUUCCUUCAAAAGUAUCAAGAAUAUCACUGAAGUUAAAUUCAGAACCUCUUCUUUCACACGCACUUAAUGACAUUUUGGUUGCACACCCUUGCCCUGCCACGGUUUCGAGGUUCUCAUUCAAGAUCAAGAACAAAUAUGGUGAGACCCGUCAAAAGACAGUGAACUGCCGCUCAAGUGGUCUAAGAGUCUGCACAGCUGCUGGCUCAACUGCAGCAAUGCAGUCAGCAGGUGGGUUCGUGAUGCCAAUAUUGUCUCGUGAUCUACAGUUUAUGGUUAGAGAGCCAAUAUCUCCUGGUUCAACCGCUUCGCUAAUGCAUUCAGCCUUUAAACCGAACCAAUUCAUGGACGUUAACUGGUAUUCAGACCAUGGGACUAUCUACGUUGAUGGUUGUCAGGUUCGCCACAACGUGCAGCUAGGGGAUACAAUCGGGAUAUCAUCCGAUGCACCGGUCUUAAAUGUUUUCUUGUCUCAAGGCAUUUCUCAGAUCAGAUCAAGGUACUAGAUAUGGUACAAAAGGGUAGGUAUGUUGAUAAAGUUAGAGUUGGUACACACAUUAAGAGCGCUAUUAGCCCACUUGUCUAUAGAUGUGGUAAAAGAUUCUUUGGUCCGAAAGAUUCGUCGAUUCUUGAUUCUUUUGGUGCUUGAAGAAGUUUAAUACGAGUAGCUAUCUUUCUCCUACCAAGAACGUGGAUGUAUAUGAUCCUCUUCCAUAAAAAUAAUAUUUCCAGGAAAUAAUAUCAAAAUCGUCUAGAACU